AUGCCUCACCUACGACCUUUGCAUUCUGCUCCAUACGUGGGUCAAACCGUCGAUGCUAUAAGGAAGGCCGACAAUAACAAGGUAUUCGAGCAGGGAAACCGAAUUGGAGAUGGCGGCAAGGGUAUUCUGGCCAGGGAGAAGCAAAAGCCUGACAGUCCCCCGUACACCGCUGUAUUAGGAAGAUUGGAAGCUCGCAUGCGUGUUGAUUCAGAAGCCAAUAAGUAUACGGCUAGCGGAAAGUCUUCAGCUCUCGGUUCAGAACAGACUCUAUUCGCUUGUUCGUCCAGGGCCGCUAUGGCGGCAGUGGAGUGCUUCAUCGCUGACCGACAUGACGCUUAG